AUGGAUUUACAAGUGAAUAAUAACCAACAGCUAACUCUAAUCAAACUACAACAGUGGAAUGACAUAGUAGAAGACAAAGAAAUUAAAGAAAAACUCCAAAAUGAAAUUCUUCCUAAUUAUGUGACUAAAAUGCGUUGGUUUGGAGGGAAAGGACAUGCUUUGAAGAGCAUCCAGAUAAUUGAUUAUGUCAUUUUACCGUUCACUGAAUUAGACAGUGCUUAUCUUCUUCUGCUAGAAAUAUCAUAUCAUGAUGGCUCUCCUGAUAUUUAUCACUUACCAAUUGCAUUCAGUCCAAUCGAUAUCUCUUCUGAAUUGCAAAAGAAUUAUUCUCAAUCGAUCAUAUCCUUAAUAAACAUCGAUAAUAAAGAAGGAUUAUUGUACGAUGCUGUAUAUGAUCGUCGAUCGCAACAAGCUUUGGCUACCAAUUUGGCAAAUAAUUGUACAAUAAAACAAAAGAGCGGUGAACUAGUCUUUACAAGUACCCCAAAUUUGAAAAGAUACGUUCACGAACAAUUAAAUUCGACAUCAAAAAUAUUUAUAACCGAAGAAAGUAAUACUUCUAUUAUUUAUGAUCAAGAUUUCUUUCUCAAAAUCUAUCGCAAUGUUGAUCGCUCUAUCAAUUCUGAUGUUGAAAUAAACCAAUUUUUAAAUAAUGAAACAAGUUUUCGACACAUUCCAAAAUAUGUUGGUAGUAUUCAACGGCAAUUUGGUAAAGAAACAAUAGUAUUAGGAAUGAUUCAGGAAUAUAUUUCAUGUAUUAGUGAUGGAUGGAUUUAUAUUCUGGAACGACUAGAUGAUUUUAGUCUAAACAUUCUUUCGCAUACAGAUAUCACUUCAAUAAAUAAGGAAUUAAGAGGUAGUUUAACUAAUCCACUUGACUAUGAAGAAAUACCAGAAGAUUUGAAAAAACUAUUCGAUAAAACUACAUCGAAAUUAAUCAGCUUAUUAGGUCAUCGUACUGGUCAAAUGCAUCAAGCUUUAUCGUCAAACAAUGAACUCUCCGCUUUUUAUCCCGAGAAAUAUUCUCUCGAUGAUCAACAUUCCUUAUUUGCUUCCAUUCACUCUUUGAUUGAAACAGUAUUUCAAAAUUUAAAAGAAAAUUUACAAAAACUUCCCGAGGAUGUUCAAGAAGAAGCCAAAGAAAUUUUAUCAAUGAAAAAUGAGUUAAUUCGUAUACUAGAAAGAAUCUCUAGUCGAGAAAUAAAUGUAACUAAAACUCGUAUUCAUGGUGAUUAUCAUUUAGCACAAGUAUUAUUUACUGGAGAUAAUUUUCUAAUCGUGGAUUUUGAAGGUGAACCAGCGAUUCAUUUUACUGAAAGACGAGCCAAGCAUUCUCCUUUAAAAGAUGUAGCUGGAAUGAUUCAUUCAUUUCAUUAUGCGGCAUAUCGAAGUUUAUUUUUGAAUCCUCAACGAAAAUCUGAAGAUAUAAACACAUUAUUACCAUUUAUUCAAUUAUGGUUUCAUUAUAUUAGUGGUUUUUUCAUUAAAUCUUACCUUGACACGACUAAUGAUGCACCAUUUAUUCCAAAUAAUAAACAAGAUAUACAAAUUUUAUUGGAAACGUUUUUAUUACAAAAAGCUGUUUAUGAACUGAAUUAUGAAUUAAAUUAUCGUCUAGAUUGGAUUAUAGUACCACUAAAGGGUAUUAAAUCAAUUAUUGAGCAAAAUAGACUUGGUCAAAUCUGUUAA